UCGCUCCGGCUGCAAGCCCUCCUCGUACCUCCUCGAAUCCUCCACUUCCUCCUCGCGCCGCCCACCGAUCGAUCCGCGGCAAUGAGGCCACCGCGCGCCGUGCCCGCCCUCGCCGUCGCGUCGGCGGCGCUGCUGCUCCUCCUCCUCGCGCCCGCCGCGCGCGCCGCCGAAGACGGGUGUGGGGCCGGCGGCGCGGCGGCGGAGGGCGACCGCGCGCGGGCGAGGGCGCUCAAGAUCGCGGCGUUCUUCUCCAUCCUCGUGUGCGGCGCGCUGGGGUGCUGCCUGCCCGUGCUGGGCCGCCGCGUGCCGGCGCUGCGGGCCGACGGCGACGUCUUCUUCCUCGUGAAGGCGUUCGCGGCGGGGGUCAUCCUCGCCACGGGCUUCAUCCACAUCCUCCCCGACGCCUUCGAGAAGCUCACCUCCGAGUGCCUCCCCGACGCCCCGUGGAAGGACUUCCCCUUCGCCGGGUUCGGGGCCAUGGUCGGCGCCAUCGGCACGCUCGUCGUCGACACCGUCGCCACGGGAUACUUCACGCGCCUCCACUUUAAGGACGCCGGCACCGCAGGCGCCGCCGCCGCGGCCGUGAGCGCAGCCGCCGUCGGGGACGAGGAGAUGCAGCAGCAGGAGGCCGCGGCGGCGGCGCACGCCGCCGGCGGAGGGGGCGACGACCACGAGGGCCACGUGCACAUGCACACGCACGCGACGCACGGCCACGCGCACGGCUCCACGGCGCUCGUCGCCGCCGUCGGCGGCGGUGGAGGCGACGGCGACAAGGAGCACGCGCUGCGCCACCGGGUCAUCGCGCAGGUCCUGGAGCUUGGGAUCGUUGUGCACUCGGUGAUCAUUGGCAUCUCACUCGGCGCAUCAGAGGACCCGAGCACCAUCAAGCCCCUGGUGGUCGCCUUGAGCUUCCACCAAAUGUUCGAGGGCAUGGGCCUCGGCGGCUGCAUCGUUCAGGCGAAAUUCAAGCUCCGGUCCAUCGUGACCAUGAUCCUCUUCUUCUGCCUGACGACACCGGUGGGCAUACUCAUCGGCCUCGGCAUCUCCUCGGUGUACAACGAGGACAGCCCGACGGCGCUCAUCGUUGAGGGAAUCCUCAACUCGGUCGCGGCGGGGAUCUUGGUCUACAUGGCGCUCGUCGACCUCCUCGCCGAGGACUUCAUGAACCCCAAGGUGCAGAGCAGGGGGAAGCUCCAGCUUGGCAUCAACGUGUCCAUGCUCGUCGGCGCCGGCCUCAUGUCCAUGCUGGCUAAAUGGGCUUAGUCACACCAAGGUUUUUUUUGUUCUACUAUGUAUGUCAGGAAUCAAUUGUUGCAGCAAAGAAAAGAGAGGGGAAAAAAAAGGGAAAAAGGGAUCACGCUUUUUUCCUUCCAAAAUUUUGUGCUGUUGUAACGGUUCCAAAAGCAGGUUUGGAGUAGGCAACAUUAUUGAGAUCGAUGUCGUUAUACAGCAACCGUACGUGUGAUCUCC